AUGGGAAAGUACUCGGUGUACGCCGUGGCCUCGGGCCGGAACCCCGGCCUGUACAGCUCCUGGGGCGAGACGGAGAGCCAGGUCCGCCAGUAUUCCGGGAGCCAGUACAAGGGCUUCCACUCCGUGGAAGCUGCGCAGGCGUACAUGGAGAGCAUGAAUGCGGUGGCGGAUGCGCUGUCCAACCAGGCCAUCUCGGAGCACCGGUCCGGCACUACCUCGCAGGUCUGGCAGCUGGAGAACCCCUCCACUCAGCAGUGA